CAUGGUUACAAUGCAACACUGCCACCUUCUUCUUCCUUCUAGCACUCACUAAUAGGCAAUGCAUAUGCUUAUAAAAUCCCAAUAGUCUCCAGCUCUCUCUUCAACACUAUAGUUUUCUCAGUGUUUAUCAUCAGCUAGCAGCUAAGCCGUAGACAUGUUGGGUCUUAUACACACCUUCCUGAACCUCUCAGCUCCCCCAUUCACCUUCUUCUCCCUCUUGCUUCUUCUACCGCCGCUUUAUCUCUUCAAGUUCUUCACCUCUCUCUUGAGCACCAUCUUCAGCGAAAGUGUCGCCGGCAAGGUCGUCCUCAUCACCGGUGCCUCCUCCGGUAUCGGCGAGCACUUGGCUUACGAGUAUGCAAGGAGAGGGGCACGAUUGGCCCUAGUUGGCAGGAGAGAAAACGCGCUAAGGGAAGUCGUUGAUCGAGCAGCUCAGUGUGGCUCUCCAGAGGUCAUUAUGAUUGGGGCUGAUGUUUCAAAGGCUGAGGACUGCAAGAGACUUGUUGAUGAAACUAUCAACCACGUCGGAAGGUUGGACCAUCUGGUGAAUAAUGCUGGGAUCACUACUUGUAGCAUGUUGGAAGAUGUCACCAAUAUCACAAAUUUCAGAUCCGUAAUGGAUACAAACUUCUGGGGAUCCGUCUAUACCACUCAUUUUGCAGCUCCACACCUCAGAAACAACAAAGGUAGAAUCGUGGUGCUUUCUUCCGUUAAUGCAUGGUUUCCUGUGCCAAGAAUGAGCAUAUACAAUAAAACCCCUUCUUCUUUUGCUGAAAACUCCAGAUUGCCAUAA